GUCAUCACAUCUUGCAUUGUGGCCUUUCUUCCAUCCACCUCUCGACACCACUUGUCAACAGUAGCGGCCAUUGCUGCAUCUGGUUCUUUGUCACCCUGCACAUGUAGCCGCCUUUCCAGACGCUUCUCCUCCGCUUCAACUGUGGCCUGAAGUACCAUAACCAGCGUAAGUGGAAUUUCAAAGGUGUCCCUUACGUUCAUCUCAAACACCAGGUCACACACUAUAAUGAAACCGAUGACUACGAUCGCGCUGAGGACUCCGAUAGGCAGUACACAAGGAAGGGCCAUGAAGAAGCCUAUUUUUUCCACCACUGUUCCGCCCUUUUCUGUCAGUAGUAUUCCGAGCCAUUCGAAGGGAAUGGCAAUGAGGAACACAGGUGUGAAGGCGACGAUAUAUGUGACAAACUCGAGAAUACAGAGGACGGCCACAAGGGAAAAUCCAAGGAUCCUCAAACAUGUGGUUUCAUCCACAGCCGAGAUACGGUACAUAAGGGAGCGAGCGGGUGCUAGCAGAAAAAGGCCUGCAUACAAGAAAUGUCCUGCUGGGCUUUGUGAUAUCCACACGUACUUAUCAGGGAGAAUGGAGGUGGAAUUCGCUCAUAGGUCGGCAUAUAGAGAUACUCAUUAAGAAGGCGGAGCCGCAGCAUGCUGCAAGCGAUGAACAGAUUCAUGUUGUGUCUCUAUAUGUCUCGAUCUCGUUUUUGGGGUUGACUAACUGGUAGUGUGCAUGUUGACUUGACUCGAUGGCAUCCCAAGUGAAUGCCUGAUAUCACAGAUCAUCGAUGCUCGCGUUGUGUCAGCUUAUUCUUCCCUAUCUUCUUCCCUACCAUGAUAGCUAUUAAGAGAUUGAGCUAUAAGUAGGGGAGCACAAAGAGAUGAUCCGAAGAUGAAAAUCUGCUUUUAACCACCUCUGCGUACAUCUUACCAGGAUGAUGGAUAAAAGAAUGACGUAAAGGAUCAGAAGAAUAGGAAUGAGAAGAUGUUCAUCCUGAAUGGCACUAUCUAACGGUUCCUGUCCAGAGAAACAAGACGUCUCCUCUCUCAUCGUAGAAUUAAGACAUCUUCUUACUUGGAAUUCCCCCAAUCCACCAUAGAAUAGCGUUAGGAUGGCUUGUCCGUAAGUCCCAAAUACUCACUCUCGUCUGUCGCGAGUGUCAUCACUGUAGCCGCAAAGGCCAGCAAGACGUAUACGUAGAGGAGUAGAAAUAUCGAUCUGCAGUGCACAAACAGAAUGCACACGUACAGGCUCUGCUUACACAACUGGUCAGAACAUCAUAGUAGUACAUGUCUGCAAGCAUGCGUAUUACAGCCCUGAAUCACAAAUAAUCAUCACGGAUAAGACAGAAAUUGAUGCAUUCUUCCUUACAAGAUGAGUGGCCCAGUUGUAGAGUUGAGGGUGGCAAUUUGGAGAAAUCUCGUGGUGAACAAUAGACCGACGAGUGACAGUGAAGCAGUGAUUGCCUCAGAUGGUGCUCUGGAAAAAUGCAAUGCGACGAAUGAAAUGACCGCAAGAGAACUCGCGAGGUCAAGGUAAUUCCUGAAUGCCGCAUGCAAAGCAAGUCAACAUCUGCGCAUGAUGAAUAAAAGCAUGCCUCACCAAUAUUCCCCCCAGUAGCGCCACCCCAAACGAAACAUCUAUCGCCAAAAAGGUUCAAAACGUGAAUUCCCUGUACUUGUUCUUUUACUUUCUCACCUGCAUGAUCUCCUGUGCGAUGUAACCACCGCCCAUUGUCACAAUGGCCCACAGCCAAAUCCAUCCUUUAGACUGGAUCUCAUCGCCGUAGCUAGACGAGAUCUCAUACACAUUAACAUACGCGAAUACACAUCCGAUCCUGAACAAAACAAGCUGGUCGAUUCAUUGCUGACAUUUACUUGCCUCCUUACAUAACGGCCAUCAUAAUAAAUCUGCUGAUGAAAGCAAGUUGUGGCGAUAGAGCCACUCGAAAUCCCCAAUCCUGCAUGAAAGUCACUAUUCCUUCCAAUCC